AACACUGGACAAUGGCAACAUUGAUAAUUGGUUUCAUAAUGUUGGCAAUAUUUUAAUAAAAAUCAAAAUAGACUUACCGUGUUGUUGUAUUUCAGAAAUGGCUGCAAUUGAGAAAGUGAAAGUAGUUGUUCUUGGCGAUUCUGGGGUGGGAAAAACGUCUCUUACUUAUUUGGUAGCACACAAUAAGCCACUGAUUUCUCCCGGUUGGACUGUUGGAUGUUCUGUCGAAGUAAAAUUACACAAGUACAAGGAAGGAACUCAGGCGCAGAACACCUUUUUCGUGGAACUUUGGGACGUGGGUGGUUCUAAUGGUCAUAGGAAUACUAGAGAUGUCUUCUAUCAGCCUACUCAUGGAAUUAUCCUAGUUCAUGAUUUAACAAAUAGGAAAAGCCAGAUAAAUUUGCAGAAAUGGCUAUCAGAGAUUUUGAAUCAGGACAGUUCCAAUGCCACACUUCAGCACGUAGAUGUUGAUCCCGAACAGUUUUUAGGUUCUACUCAAAUACCAAUACUAGUCAUUGGCACAAAGUUUGAUUUGGCUGAAGAGAAACAAAGGAAGAAUCAGUACAGGCGACUAGCAAGCAGCAUUGCGGAGCAGUGUGGCGCUGAUGAAAUAUUUGUAAACUGCCAUCAAGCCAGAUCACUUGCACCAGGUACGACCAACUCUGUGAAACUGACGAGAUUUUUUGAUAAGGUUAUUGAAAGGCGAUAUUACUCUAGGAUCAGUCCGUUUCCUGACAAAAGGCGAAUACCUACGUACAUGAUGUCAACUUCUACCCCUUUGUCCACCAACAGGCCUCCGCAAUAUAUGAGUCCAAGAUUUUACCAUAUGGAUUAAAAUGUUAUGUUGUUGUAAAAGUACUGAUGUUUGGAAUUUCUCUGAGGAAACUAAAUAAGUAUGUUAUGUACCUGAUGAAAACCACUUUUAUGCAAUAAAAUUCGAAAAGUUAAGUAUC